AUGAACCUUAAAGACCAAGGCAUCACUGCUGUCCGACGUAUCUCCAUUCAUUGGGAUAGCAAGUUAAUACCAACCAAACAUUUAAUUCUCACCUUUAACAAGCCGAUAUUACCAACUUCCAUUACUGCAGGAUACCUGCGCUGUCCAGUUCGUCCAUACAUUCCAAAUCUGCUGCGUCGUUUUAAAUGCCAGCAAUUUGGACAUUCUCAAACAUCCUGUCGAGGGAAGAACAUAUGCACACAGUGUGGAGUUAAAGGUAACCAGAGUACUGAGUGUACCACUACUCCAUGCUGUGUGAAUUGCAAACACACAUAUCCCGCCUACUCCCGCAAAUGCCCUGCAUGGCAGACAGAAAAAGAAAUCCAGCGGGAAUCUCUCACUCGGCAUGCGAAAUGUUUACUGAUUCCAUCAAAAAAAACACCAGAAAAGGAGAGUAUAAAACCAAAAACACUCCUACAGAAAACAGGGGUUAUAACAAGAAACCUGGGUUCAAAAAAGGCUAGUAAGAACCCAAUAAACACGCAGAGAGUGAAAGUGGCUCUCUCUAAAUGUAAAAAAUCAGAAGCCCACUCUAUGAGUGAGUUUUCUGAUAUCUCUGAUGAAGAGACUAAUCAGGAGGUAACAAAACCAACAUCACCUCCAAAAGAAAAACCCCCUGUUAGAUUAAAGAGAGAUACUCUCACAAAGAAUGUUGCCUCAAACAUAUAA